AUGACCACUGCAACUACUAUCCUCUUGAUUCUUGUACUGGCAGUGACGACCCCUUUGGUCUAUGGGUCAGUACAGCACAUUGCUGGUGGCAACGCUGGCUGGAGCACAGUAGUUAAUUACAGUGUUUGGUCUGCUGGUCAAAAUUUCACCGUUAAUGAUACUCUUGUGUUUAACUACGAUACAAAGUACAGCGUGGAUCAAGUAAAUGAAACCGAAUACAACACUUGCAACUCCACCCAUCCCCUCAAAACCUACACCGGCGGCAACACAGUGAUCACGCUAUCCGAUCCCCGCGAGCUGUACUUCAUAUGCCCAACACCUGGUCUCUGCGCUCGAGGCAUGAAGCUAGCAGUCAAGGUUGAUCAGUCCAACAUUACUAGUAGUGGCACUGCACGCAGCUUAAUAGCCACUGCAGAUUUGAAGCUCGGGUUUUUGCUUGUGUUAGUGACCAUACUUUCAUUCAUGGACUAA